AUGUCCUCCCUCAUAUCUACCACCUUGAUCCCUCCUAAAUUCCUCCAACCAGCCUUUCUGACCGGGAGCAUCCCCUUCCGCGUAUCUCGUGCUCAUCCCUCGGUCUCCUACACAUUAUAUAUCCCUCCCCAUGCUUAUAACCCAGAUCCAUCACGGUCUGCAUCCGACGACCCAGUCUACUCUCUUCCGCGUCUUCCCCUGGUAGUCUCAGUCCACGGUACAGGGCGCAGAGCCGAAGGGUGCCGCGACAGCUUCAAGGAAUUUGCCGACAAGCAUCACGUUGCAAUCCUUGCGCCGUUAUUCCCAGCUGGCAUCACGUCUGCCAUUGACUUGGACAGCUAUAAGCUACUCCGCACUGCUCAAAACUUCAACUCGGAUCAAAUCCUGUUGUCAAUAAUUGACGAUGAGAUCGCCGCCGUCUGGCCAGGGAUAUCGACCUCGACAUUCUCUUUAGUAGGUUUCUCCGGCGGCGGCCAGUUUGCCCUGCGAAUGCUUUACAUCCAUCCGGAACGUUUACAAGCUGUGUCCGUUGGCGCCCCGGGCCGCCCUACAUUCCUCGACACCAGUGAAUCUUGGCCAAAUGGUAUAAGGGAUGUUCAGGAUGUGUUCGGCCCCGGUGCCAAGGUCGACAUCGACGCUAUUCGGGCUGUCCCAGCAAUUCAACUACUCGUUGGGAGCGAAGACGACUUCAUCCACGGUGGUGAGGAAUUUAUGGCCUUCAUCGCACAAUUCAGGGCAUCUUUAAGUACGAGUAAGGGCGGCAGCAGCCAUCGAUCUGUGGCUGCUGACCCGCAACUCAGUCCGAUGAGAGAGGGAAGACUGACUGGUCUGACCAAGCUACGCGAUAGUUGGAAAGAGCUAGGCAUUGUCUCAAGAUUCGAGAUCGUUCCAGGCGUGGCUCAUGAAUCGCAAAAGGUCAUUUCCACAGUCCUCGACUUUCUGUUACCGCAAAUUGAGACCUUCAAGAAUCAGCUUCAGGAGCAAGUCUGA